CAAUUCUUUCCUGGCGAAGAAUUGUCCUUGAACUUCAAGUUGAAGUUGAACUUGAACUUGAUUUUGGAUUAGAAAGUCUUCUGGACAUUGGCAGGCUCCUCCUUUGAACGCCCCAAGCUGUGCAGUUACUUGCUGGAUAUCAGUUCCGCCACCGGCAGGAGAACCAGGGGGUGAGAAAGCGGUUUGCCGGCACUGCUUCAACUGCAAUCUGCGCUUCCAGGUUGGGUUCCUGGUGGACCAGUUCUGUUUGACGGGUUUACUAGCAGUGCUCACUUACAGUCUCCUAUUGGCAAAAUGACUGCUGCAGCGCUCUCUGCUCGCGUAGGCUGCUCCCUUCAGGCCUUCGCCCCCUCACAAAGAGUCCCGACCAAUUGCGCUUCUGCGAAGUCAGUGACCCCACUGCUGAGGCGUUCCAGUAAUGCCAUCUGCCAUCAAUGUGCUCGGCAGCUUUCUCGAGCACAAAAUUUAGUAGGCUCCACUUUGCAGUCUCCUGAUUUCCUGAGCCCUUGUCUGAGUAAGACACCAGGGAGGGGGAGGUUGCAACAAGCAUGCGCAGCAUCUGCCGUUGGAGACGCGGGCAGGGGGGAACAGAUGACCGUAAAUAGCCAGCGGCAAGUUGAGAGAGUUCUGACAGCUGCGAGGAUCGGGGACGAGGGGGCCGUUCGCAUAAUAGGCCCUGGGACAGAUCUUCCCCAAGGAUUUGGGCCUUUCCUAAGCCUUGACGAGUUCUUCCUCGCGCCCAGCCCCGCACUCUCGUCCCCUUACACCCCCCCCCUGCUCGAGUCCCUCGUCUACUUCUUGGAGCCCCCCCAACCAGAGCCUUCUCACAGCAACCAUCCUGCCGACGACCUCCCACCCCCCCCAGAAACGUCAGAUCGCUCAAUCGCCCCCGAGACCUCUGACGAAAUAGACCAACCUCGGCACGGGUUGCAGCUAUUUCUGCGCUCAGCGUUGCAGCCAGUAGUGGAAAAAGCAGUGGGAGACGGAGAAGAUGGAGGAUCGGAGUUGCACUGGCCAAUUGUGAACCACGGACGGGAGGCCGAGUUUGUGGCGGAAGCAGGAGCGGGGGGUGGGCAAGUGAAGGUGGUCGCGGGGGGGUAUGGGGGAGUGUGGUCGGGACCCCCUUUAGAUGGAUUCCAAUUGCUUGACGUUUCGAUGGGGCCCGACUGCCGGCUGGAGAUCCCGCUCCACUCCAAAGCCGGCGCGCUAGUGUACAUCCUCGAAGGAGUUGGGCUCUUUGGCGGAGAAACGGCUGGCUUCGCUUCGGCUUCGUAUCAGAACGAAGGACACGCGUUGUGGCUGCCAGCGCAUGGCUCUACUGGUGUGGAACAGGACUCUCUUCUGGUACGAACGAACAGAAUGUCCGGGGUGCGAUUCAUCUUUCUGGCAGAGACGAGCCCGCAUAAUUCCGUCGAUUGAUACAAGCUUGAUCUGCAAGCCCUUUUUUUAACGCGACUGAGCUGUAGAAGUCCCCUUGCGGCCUUUUACGGCCUUAAUUUCAUGCAUCGACUUUCAGUCCACAUUGCAACGCGUCUGCCAG